GCAGUGAGAGGAUGUACAUUGACUGCUGCUGUCCUUUGUACCUGCUCCUGGCUGUGCCAUCAUGCCCCUCUCUGCAGCCACUCGAGAUGCUGUGGCUGGGAUAGCUGUGUUGGGGGCCACCUUUGCUGCUGGUGUCUACAUUGGCAAAAAAUAUUUUAUGUACAGAAGGAAAAAGUCGCAAAAAGUAUUUGAUGGACAGGAUGACCCGCGUAGAGAAUACUUGCUCCGGCUCUCCCUCAGAGAGCACCCAUCUGCCAAGAAGCUGAGACAGCAUCUUUCAAGGAUCACUCCCCAGGAUAUAAGCAGCGAUGCCAUCCAACUAUUGGCGAACCUGGCUAAAACAAUUAAAUCUAAGAAGAUUUUAGAAAUGGGGUGGAGCUAUGGCUACAAUCCAUUAAUCAUGGCAUUGGUCCUGCCAUCUGAUGGAAAGCUUGUUGCAAAUGUGCGAGACAAAGAGGAUGUCAGCUGUGCAAGUGAAUACUGGAAUGACCUGCUCUCUAUUGGAGAAGCUGGCACAUUUGACUUGAUUUCCAUAAAUAUGGCUCAUCAACAGAAUUGCAGAAAAUGCUAUGAAAAAUGUCUGCGUCUCUUGAGGAGUGGAGGAAUACUAGCCAUAGAUGGGGUUCUGUGCAGUGGAGCCGUCCUGAGAAUGAGCCCUAAGGCUGAGAGAGUGCAAGGAAUGCAUCAGUUGAAUGAAGCCAUCUUAAGAGACGCUCGCAUAUUUUUAAGUGUCCUACCUCUUGCUGACGGACUGAUGUUAUGUUUUAAAAUUUGAUCCAAAG